AUGGCGCUUAACGUUGAAGCAUCGACGAAGGGGCCGCGCGUGUCGGAAGCUCAGAAGGAGACGGUGGUCGCCUUCAUGCAAGAGCAUCCCCAGCUGGCUGUAAGAUCCAGCGAGCUGGGGCCACGCUUCACUGCUGGCGACCGCCGACGGCUGUGGCAGCAGCUAGCCGAGCAGCUCAACACGCAAGGCCCCGUCGUGAAAACCGUCGAGCAGUGGCAAGAGUGGUGGCGGAAGCAAGUCUUCGAGGCCCGCCGCAACGCUGCCGCACUUGCCCAAGAACAAAGAAGCACAGGAGGGGGGCGGCUACAUGGUUUUCAUGGCCGAGUCCUGCAGCUAACCGGGACGGUCCGCCUCCACGGCGUGACCGACCUCCCCUACCAAGAGCAGGCUGACGUCCCCACCUAUGGCAUGGAAGUCGUCGUCGAAGACGAGGCUGCGGGCGUGAGCACAGCGACACUUCGUAAACAUUAA